AUGCGAGGAUUGGAGUGGGAUAACAUGGGAAAGGAAGUUGACGGCCGGCAUUUACACCAUCUACGUUUCGCUGAUGACAUCUUUCUUAUAAUAUCAAGCGUCAAUCAGGCGGAACAGAUGCUGGCUGAAUUUGAUGAAACGUGUAGAAAAAUUGGUCUUCAGCCGAACCUAGACAAGACUAUAUUUAUGAUGGACGGAUUGGUUUCUGAUUCCCCAUUCACGCUCAACGGAACGAACAUAUCCGAAUGCUCCAGCUAUGCAUACCUUGGUCGGGAAAUCAACAUGAUGAACGACCUGACCUCCGAGUUGGGCAGCUGUGCAACGAGCGGCUUGUGGAGCAUUCAAAAGCAUCGAGAAUGUAAUGAAGAAGAUCAAGAACACCCGUCUCCGUGCUCACCUCUUCAACGCCUACUUUCUGCUUUGAUCCAUGCUUGA